UUGUUCCUAUUCAUUCCUUUUUGUAAGUCUUUCGGCACCUGUGAUGCUUGGAGUCUGGUCCGGGGUGGAGAAGCAAGGAAAUUACAGGAAAUUUACACCUGUUUUUGUGGAUGAUAGCUCUUCUCAUCAGAAUAACCAAUAUGCAGAGCGGGGGAGGCAUUGCCAACGCCACCGCCAUCACUUCCUCAGUCAUGCCAAAGCACGAGAGUUCUCUGUGGACAUGACCUGUGAAGGCUGCUCUAAUGCAGUCACUCAGGUUCUCAAUGAGCUGGGAGGAGUUCAGUUUGACAUUGACCUGCCCAACAAGAAGGUCUGCAUCAACUCUGAGCACAGCAUGGACACUCUGCUGGAGACCCUGGGGAAAACAGGAAAGGCCGUUUCCUACCCUGGCUCCAAGUAGUGAGGGCCUGGGUCUCCAGCCUGCAGGAUGGACCAAUGUGGUCACAACUCUGAUCCUCUCCUGCCUUCCAGACAGAUCUAAGACCUGGCAAUCCUGCUCAGUGAUGGGAGUUCCUGCAGAGACCUUCACUUGCCCUGCUCCUCUGUAGCUUCCCUGCAAUAAAGUCCAGCUGCUUUUGCUGG